GUGCUCAAAGGCGAAGCGCCAUUUGGUUUUGCCUUCUCCUGGGCGGGUAUCACCGCAAGAUCGGUCGCCAAGGCGCGGCACGAGGUCUUGCAGGCGAACUGGUUGCCGCUCGGCGUACUCACCCCGAUGUGGGGCGGCUGGAGCGGCUCGUCGGCCGAGGUGCCGCGGCCGCCAGACAAACCCCCGCUGUGGGCCCAGAACCAGCUCUUGCAGAGGAUCGGAUUGCCCGACGUCAAAGAUGACACAGACGACGACAAGAAGGAAACCAAUCAGGCGAUGCAGGGCGCGCUCGCAAAGUGUGCAGGCAUGAUGAUCGAGCUUCUUCAAGAGGUCAAGGGGAAGUUCAGCAGCAUGAGCAGGAUUCCAGGCCUGCUGACGAAGGCCACUGAUGCCCUCCAGAAGGCAAUCGAUCGGGACAAGGAAUACCCGGUGACCAAGCACGGCAUAACCGGCGGCGGAGGCGGAGGCGGCGGCGAGUCGAACAACGAGUCAGACGAGGACGCCGCGAGGGAGAUCUCGAAGCUGAUGAAGCGUCUGAAGUCCAUGGGGAGCAGCGACGUCGAGAUCAUAUUCUCUGGCGGGGUGGACCUGGAGGGUGACACGCUUAUUCGUGCGGUGAUCGUCAUCAUUGAGAGAGAGAAGGGGCUGAUGGAGAGCACGUUCAAGCUCGCCAUCAUAAACCGCAGCCUUGAAAAACAUGGUCCACACGAUCCCUACGUUUACCAUCCGUUUUUCCUCGACAGCAGUUUGCAGGUGCUCCGCAAGACGGUGAUGACGUUCCCCGGCAUUCCGGAUGCCAAGCUCGUGGACGAGGCCGUGCUUCACGAGUUCAUGAAGCUGAUGAACCUCCUGGUCAAGAGUGAGAGCUACCUUAUUCCCUUCUACGAGGUGCUGCUCCCGCACCUGGCGGGCAAGUGCCUGAGCGAGUGCACGGAGAUGGUGGAGAACCGGAAGCUCGACCAGACUGGGCCCGCGCCCCCCGAGUUCGAGUCGAGCCUGAGCCUGAAGGGCGAGGAGCCGAUCGAGCGCCGCUGGAACACGGUGGAGCGGGUCGUUGAGUACAUCCUGCGCUCGGGCGACGCCACCGCGGACGAGGUCGGGGAGGUGCUGCUGAAGAUGGACCUGCUCGGAGCAGCUCGCCUUCGCGAGGAGAUGGAACAGCGCCAAGCCGAGUUCGAUCAAGGUGCCAGCGUUACCAUUCAAGAGUACUGCAGAUACACCAGGGACGUCAUGACGAAGGGCUUCCGCGGCUGCUGCUCGCGCGACAAGGCCGUCGCGCGGGAGUUGAAAGAAGUCCUGAGCACGAUGGAAUCGAUGUCCGAGAAGAUCAUCACGAACAUUAACGAGACCGAGACCGUUCCGCCCGUGCUCGCGCUUUGUUGGUUUUGUUGUUUUUUCGUGCUCGCGCUGACGAACGAAGCGAAGACCAAGAGCAACCCCUGGGUCCUGUACGGCAUGUGCCAGCGUGAGAGAACCGACCAGUGGGCUGGCCCCGUGAUGGAGACGGGAUCCGGCUCCUUCGUGGACAUGCAGCUGCGCGUGCCGGAGGAUGCAGCAAAGACUCCAGAAAGCCAGAUCACGGAGCUCAUCCACGCCUGCGCGGCCAAGUGCAUCUACCUCGAGAGCAAAGGUAACGUCAUGGGCCUGAAGAAGAUGAGAUACAGGCUGGCGGCCCUCGUGGAGCACUGCUUCCUGGAGCGGCUGGGGGAGCUCCCGCAGCCUCCCGGCGACUCCACCAUGCUGGAGGAUGUGGUGUUUGACGAGCACGUGAGCUUCAGCAAAGGCGAGAGGGUGACCAUCAUCAAGCGUCAAGGCAAGACGAUGCUCAUCCAGAAACUGAAACAGUCCAGCGGCGAGAGUACAGUCCAGCCCAUAGUAUGCGUGAAGUCGCACACCGUGGGCGACAACCCGGCCAAGUGCAUCUACCGCCGCCUCUGGAUGGGCCAGCACCAGACGCUGCAGAACCGCAUGCUCCAGGACCUCCACAUCAUCGCCAAGCACUACGCCAUGGCCGUGCUCUUGGAGGGACGGAAAAGCUUCAUGGGCGAUGGUCUUGCCGCAAGAACGGCGACCACUUUCCUGGCAAUCGUCUGCGUGAUGGACGCGUCCCUGCGGGCCAGGUCUCCCAGCAACAUGCUCUUCGCUGACAUUCUCCGUGGCAACGUCCUUGAGGACCCCUGCAAGGAACCCGACUUCAAGGCCUGCGUGCCGGUCGGGUUUUCGACCUCGUCGCUGUCUGGCGUGGACGCCAACCUGCUGAUGGCCAAUUUCGAGUGCUGCAACCCAGACGUGCUGAGGUGCCGUGCGAAGGUGCUCGAGUACAUCAGGGUGGUGGAUAAGCUCGCGAGGCCUCCGAAGCAGCAGUUUCUUAACAAGAAGGAUGCAAGCGACAAGAACACUCCAGAGGGGCCGUGGCUGCUCUUCGACUGGAACCCAGACAACAGGUCGUCAACGUGCGUCUACAGCCCCAGCCUCUCCAAGAAGCCGGUUCUGGAGAAGUACCGGCCGGCCACGGAGGCCAACCUGCCAGUCACCAUGACCGAGAGUGGCAAGAGGGACGACGUCACGCUCUGCAUGAUGCUGGCGUGCGUGUGCCACUACAUCCCCAAUCCAACGGAUGCAACCGCGGACAGGCCCGAGUACCUCGGCGGGCAGGACGGCGACGCCUACAGCGGCGAGGUCGGCCCCACGAGAGGCCCCGGCCAGAAUGCCAGGUUCGCGCGGGAGGAGCGCGACCACGCCGCGCAGCAGUGGGCAUGGCACACCUGGAAGAAGCACGAGGAGAUCACUUACGCCUCUGACGUGGUCUGGCUGUGCAGGUUGGUGUUGGAGGACUGCAGGCUUGCAUCGUCCGAUGACAACAGGGAGGGGGGCAAUUCACGGGGUAUGCGGGAUAAGUGCGAUAAGAUCAAGACAGCCUACAGGCCCGUCCUGAUCCUGCCCAAGUGGGUGCUUAUUUUGCCCGACAGGCUGGGACUCAUGGUUGGGGCGAUCACCCCGGAAAUAGCGAACCAAGGCGAGGAUGCCUGCGUAUCCUGCUUAGCGGAUACCACAACGGGGGCCCUCAGCGUAUUCGAGACAUUGGCGGCUGCGGUGAUCGGGACGAAGGAUGACUUGGAAGAACCACCAGAGACGAAGAAAGAGGGUGGCGAGGAAGAACAGGCAGAGGAGUUCAAGCCAAAGAAGAAGGAAGUCCAGGUCCGGCUGCUGUCGAGGCCGAAGCCCAUCUGCGAGGCUGACGUUCUCGCCUGCGACCAGGACAGCCUGGCGAGGUACGACAACCAGCUGUCCAUGGCGGAGGCGGAGCACGUGCAGUGCAUCCUCACGGCCCCGAGGCUCUGCAUCCCGCUGCUGGUGCAGUGGUUCGCACAGGACCGCCACGGCAAGCUGCUGCAGGACAGCCUGCGGGCCGUCUUCCACAAGGCCCUGUUCGAGCCAGGGGAGUUCCUCACGCAGAAGGAGCAGGAAUCCAUCUUCCUCGGCCCCGAGUCUGGAGACCUCAGCGUGCCCCUGCAGCUGCCCGAGAAGCCGAAGAAGGGCACGCAGGCAGACGAGGACAGGCACGUCUGGGGGCGGUACACGGAGUACUACCGGGCGCGAGCCAAGUUUGGGACGGUGCACGGCCGGUUCUCCGAGGACAACUACAGGGCCGCAGCCAUCAAGCUCGUGGAGUACUUCUGCCGGGUCGGCUGCGAGGUGGCCCGGAUGUGCAGGCAAGACGGCCUGCACCUUGGGGAGUGCAAGGAAGAGUACGACGAUAUGGUCGAGUGGCUAGGGGUUAUCUGCGUGCAGCACCUGCACACGUACAUCUCCCAGGUGGAGGCCGACCCCGACUUGGACGGCACCAACCGCCAGGCGUACCUGAACCGCUUCCAGCGGCUUUUGCUGACGCUCUCCGAGUGGAAAGUCAGUAUGGCGGAGACACCGGCCAGCGUGGGGAAGCAGAUGGCCCUCCGCGGCAAGGACAAGGAGAAGAAAGCCUACGACAACUACUCGCACCUGAUAUACCAGCACAUGCUGUCGGCAGCGUGGCUGUCUAGCCAAGACACGCCCUACGUGGUGGAGGCGUCCAUGUUUCGUUCGCGCCCGAAGGUGCUCGUUUGGGCAGAGGAUCGGACACGGAAGGUCGACCAGCUUCUGACGCAGACCGUCACGAUGGCGCGCGGGCGUGCCUUUACCGCGUGCCUCCUGGAUCCCGAGUGGGGCCCGAGGUGGUCGCCGACGAAGAGCAUCGAUCCGAUCUGCCAGCAGACCUUUGACUCGGAUCAUCCGAUGAAGGGGGGGGCGACCACCGUUGACGUGGUAAGCUUCCCCGGCGCCCCGUAUAUAUCGAUCAUUUUCGACGAUUUCACCGACAUGCACGAAGAGAGCGAGCUCAUGUUCUACAAAGACGCUGCUUGUCGCGAGGCUGUUCCGAAGUGCAGCAUCAUGAAGGGCAGCGCCAUGAGCGGAGACUGGCCUGGCAUUGCUGGCAAGGAGGCCCUGAACGUGUUCGCCGACACCGUGUGCUACAGGGCAAAGGCGGCGGUCGGUUCCGAGGCGUGGGGGUUCAGGUUCAGCGCGUCGGCCCCCGUGAGGGAGGAUGGCUGCGAGCUGCUGGAGGAGUACGCUAGCGAGAUGCAUAUUGCCGAGAACCUCGAUCCGUUGGUCUACAGGCUUGCGCUCGCGAAGAUGUUCAACAAUCUGGACAGAGCCAAGAGAUGUCUUAUGCGCAGCUUCUCACAGCUGACCGCGGAGGCGAAGGCGAUGCAGGAGGCGAGCAGCAACGGGCUCUACACCGACGAGACUGAAAGGGAGCAGGUCAGCCUGCAGACGGGUGAGGUCUUCUUCGACAACACGCCGCCCCUGCUGGUGCCGAAUGGGCUCGUGAUGACGGACGAGUUUCAGCAAGUGUUCGACAAACUGCGGCCCCAGUGCACGGUCGUGGAGGAUUCGUCCAACAGGGUUUGGUACAAGAUUGCGGACAACACCGAGGGCAGGAUGUCGACGUACAUGGUCCGGAAGUGGAAUUCGACAGCUUUAUGCUACAAGGAGGGGGACGAUCUUACUGACCCUGGACAUGGAGAGAUGAAGGAAAACCCCAAGAGGAAGGACCACAUGCCAUGGGGGCCUGUGGAGCUCACCAAGUAUACAUUCAGUUUG